GCCAGCAGCAAGCAGUACAACACUAGUAAAGAUCGACCUAUCGGUCUAUGCAUCGCUUUUCACCGCAUCCUCUCAGUGCUCCCCAUCCGGCAUCCGCCUAUAUAAACGCAUCAGAUUAUAGCCCAACCAACCUGCAGCAAGUAGUGCAACACAACACUAGCAAGGUCGAUCGAUCGAAGGUAGCUAGCAAGUAAGGAAGACUAGGAAGAAGAAGAAAGAUGGCGGCGGGGGGCGUGUGGGUGUUCAAGAACGGGGUGAUGGAGCUGGAGCAGGAGGCGACGAGCCGGAAGGCGCUGGUGUACGUGCCGGCGAACGAGACGAUGAGGUCGCUCGAGGCGCUGGAGCGGCGGCUGGGGUCGCUGGGUUGGGAGCGCUACUACGAGGACCGCGCCAUCGUGCAGCUCCACAAGCGCGGUGGCGUCGACCUCAUCUCCCUUCCCCGGGACUUCUCCCGGCUCCGCUCCACCCACAUGUACGACGUCGUCGUGAAGAACCGCGACCACUUCAAGGUCGUCGACCUCUAGACAUGCAUAUGCGCGCCUAAGCUUCGCCAACUCAACAAGGUAUAUAUAUCCAUACAUAAUACAAGUCCGGUACAAAUAAACAUGGUGUUUUGUUUGAAUGAAUUGAAGAUUGUUCACCACGCCUGCCGCGUGGUAUAAACGCACAGUGUGUGAUGACGUGUUUGUGUGAUGUUACUGUGUACACGUACCUACGGUUCGUGGAGAUAUAUACUAUGUCUAUAUGAUUGUAAGAAUAUGAAAAUGUAGCUUUCAGAAAGUAUGAUGUAUGAUCCUCAAAAAAAAAGUAUGAUGUAUCGAGCUUCCUUUUCCGUGGAAUAAAAUGAAU